UAUAAAUUGUGUUUUUUGAAUCAAUUAUAGAAAAGUAAAUUGUAAAUAAAUUGUAAACAAAAUAUAUCUUGUUUUAUAUCUUGAAUAUAUCUUGAAUUUUCAUAACAAUAGUAUUUUGAAAAAAUUAACAAUUCCAACACAAAGGCAAACAUUGUAGGAAUCUUUCCAUAACAAAAAUAUCACCCGUCGUUGGAAUAGGACAAUACAAUAUAGUACGUAUUUUGGAUUUAAGGAUUUUGUUUGAAUUAGAACAAGCCUGAUUACUCAGAAUUAAAGGUAGUUAAGCUAAAUAAUUUUUAACAAAACAUAGAGAUAAUAGGCUCAAAAACAUGUCAUCAAGUUGGAAUGACGAAAGUACAAAUAUUUUAUUAAAACACUUACAAGGAAAAGAUCAUAUAUAUAAUAGAAAUCAUCCCGACUAUAAAACGUAUAAUGUAAUAAGGGAAUGUGCAGAUCUCGGCAAACUAUUCAAUCCACCUAAAACUGGAAAAGAUGUCCUAGAUAAAAUAACUUCAAUUAGAAAUAAUUUGAUACAAAUGAGACAAUCAAUUGAGAAAUAUAAUACAUCCUUUAAUUUUCCUUUAAAUUUUCAAAAAUACUAUUUUAUGUAUGUUUCAUUAUUUGGUGAGCUCCCAGAAAAUUUAUACAAAAUUGUUAAAGAAAAUUUUCUAAAUGAGAAAAAAGAAAUUAAAAAGCUAAUAUUAGAUAUAUCACAAGAGGACUAUAUGAAGACUAAAAUAGAUAAUCUUUUUAUCGAUGAAUUCGACUUGAAUUUAAAAGAUACUAAUUUUUUAGGAAACGAGUUUCAAACGGGGAAGGAGUUUGGAAAUGUUGUCAAAAUGGAAAAAGAUUGCGAUAUGCCUGAAAUUGUUGAAAUAGAUAACGAAAAUUUCCAUUUGAAGGGUGAAAUGUUACCUACUAUAAUAAAUUUUAUCAGUGAUAAACCUUUUUUGUGGGACUCAGGACAUCCAAGCUUCUCGGAUACCGCAACAAAAAAACAAAUAUUAGAAAAUUUUGCAGCAUCAUUGACCCCACCAGUAGCAGUGAACUUAAUUCAAAAUAGAAUUCUGUACUUGAGAUCAAAGUUUUUUAAGGCUUUAAAAACUAAUAAUAAAAAUAAAUGGCAUUUGUUCAAAGAUUGUAAGUUUUUUUUAAAAUCGAAAAAUGAGACUCACAAAUAUUUAAGCGAUGAAGAGGACAUCAAAAACGAUUCAAUUUUAUAUAAAAUCAUCCAAUUUAUUAAGAAUAAGCCUUAUUUCUACAGCCGUAAAGAUCCAAAAUAUUAUGAUUCUGAUUUUAAAAACAACAUUUUAAUAGAUUUUGGAAAAACUUUUUCUCCUCCGUUUUCAAUUCGUAGCUUAAAGAAGCGAAUAACAUAUUUGAGAUUGAAGUUUUUUAAAUUUUUAAAAGACCCCAACAAAAAUUCUUCAUGGAAAUGGUUCAAUGAUUGCGAGUUUUUCCUUAGUGAACAUAAAAAAAAAUUUGGCAACACUAAUCACAAGAAAGAAAUAAAAGAGAAAUCUGCGAAAGAAACAGAUCCAUUAGAACUUCUGAGUAUUAGUGAAACAAUACACGAGACUCAUAGUGGAAAAGAGCUGUUCAUGGGGAAAAAAUCAGAUAAAAAUGUUUUUACAAAAGAAGAAUCCUUUGUAAACAAUUCUGAAAAACCAGUUAAUGAAAUUGGAAUACAGUGCGAUUUAUACAAAGAAAUAUUUGAAGAGAAAAUUAAAAACACUAUGUUAAAAAAUUGUUCUUGUUUUGAAGAAUUUAUGAAAAUUAUAGAAAAUUUCAAUCCUAUUGAUAAGAAUUUUGAAAUCCGGGAGGAUAUAGGACUUCUUAACGAAAAUGUACCACUUGAAUUGGAUCGUGAUUGUACUGAGAUGGAACAAGACGAAUUACCUAUUUUUGAUGAAGAACCUACAAUUACUCCAGAAGUAGAAGAGUAUUCAACCGAUUCCAGUGAUUAUGGUCUCACUGAAAUUCCAUUUCCAGAAAAGCCUAAAACGUCAACGAAAAAAACGGUGGAUAAAUACAAAUGUGACCAAUGUCCAAAAAAGUUUAACACACAUAAACUUUUAGAUAAACAUUUUACACUAUUUCAUGCCCAACGUAGUUUACUUUGUUCGAAAUGUGGAAAAUUAAAUGCAAGUUUUCGUUUAAUGCAAAUGCAUGAAAAUGUUUGCAAUCCUGAUGAAAAUAAAUUUUGUUAUGAGUGUAAACAAGUAUUUAAAUCAAAACUAAUUUAUUAUGAUCACUUUAACUUAGUUCAUGAUAGAAAAAACCCUUAUAAAUGUUGCUGCGGUCGAUCAUUUCAGAAGUAUACAAAAAUUGUCCUUCAUUUAAAUGCAUUUCAUUGUGGAUCAUUAGAUUCAUGUACUUUGCCGGAUUAUAUUUCAAAAGAGUUUUUAGAGACAUUCAUAGAAUCAAAAAGUAAUGACAAUACCUGUGAGAAUGUAAAUGAUGAUAAAGUUGAAAGGAAACUAAAAUUUUGGUGUAUAAUGUGCAAGACUAAUUCAUAUAACAACAGAGCUUACAUGGCCCAUUUUGACAGAGAAUUUCAUUUGAAUGCAGAAAAGUUAUGGUUGGAGGAAUUUAAUAUUGAAGGUCCUUUCGAAUGUGAAAUUUGCGAUCGCAAUAUGUCUGUUUUUGGAAAAAUUAGUGAAUUGGUAAAACAUAGACAUAAGUAUCAUCAUAAAUGUACUCUUGCCUCAUAUUUUGAAAAAUUUGAAUAUUCUGAUGAUGGAGAGGAGGUUUUAAUAACAGAACCAACCGAUUAUUCUAAAAUCAAUUCUUUAUGUCAUAUUUGUAAAUACUUCUUUUUUAUGGGUGAUUUUCAGAAGCAUUUUGAAAGUUUUGAACACACAAAUUUAGAAAAAAAGUGGUUGGAAAAAUUAGAUUUAUCCAGUUUUGAAUGUUGUUCAAUUGAAUAUAAAAAUCUAUUAGAAUUUCUAGUGCACAAACAUUCUAAACAUGGUGAGUGGCCAAUAAAUCGUUUACUAAAACAUAUUGAAGGGAAAACUGAUGAAGUUAUUCCAGAAUAUUUAAAUGAUAGAAUAAAUUCAAAACUAAUAUAUAAGUGUUCCAUAUGUAACUACUAUAGCUGCUAUAAAGUUAAUUUCGUAUUUCAUAUGCUUCAUCAUAUACCGGAGAAGUACAUUGAAUGCUCCUGUGGUGAAAAGUUCAUCACUCGUGUAAAAUUACUUGUUCAUCAAAAAAGAAAUGGAUGCUCAAGAAAUGGUUGUAAAAUUCCACGUUUCGUACUGCACAUUGAUUUUGUUGUAAAUCGCAAUUUAGUUUAAAUUUAGUUAAUAUGUAUUUAUGUUGAAAUGAUAUUUUGAAUUUCAUUUUAAAAAAUAAAAUAUUAAUGUUUUAAUAAUUAAAUAAACUUUUAACACGUUGUAAUUUAAAUAUUGGUUUUUCCA